AUGGUUUUUCGACCCGACCCAGCCCUAUCAACCGUUCGUGCUUUAUUGGCGGAACCCAAAUUAUCAGAGAUCAUUAUCCAUCUUACAUUCGCCUCCUCGUCCAUUUCGAGAGAAAUUCAUGCUCUAAGGAAGACAAUAAGCCAUAACAAGCUCUCUAAUGUCAAAAUCCAGCAAUCUAUAUCCAACAAUCUUAAGAUAGUGCUAAGAAAACACAAACUUCAUCCUUGGAAAUUCAUCAAUAUUGAGCUAAAUUUUGAAGGGGCAGAAUAUAUACCAUUAAUUGACGAAACACUGAAGGAUAUUUUGAGAGAUUUUGCCUGUAGUUUGGGGCAUUUCGAAGGUUGUCCUGUUUCGGUGGGUACGUCUCGGUUCCUACCAGAUAGUGGCUCUUAUGUUCGUGGAUUGGUGAAUCACGAUGAACUACUCCACUACAUUCCUCGCCCUCGGAUAUUCAAUGGAUAUUCGACUCGACAAUUACAACGUAGGGAAACUUCAAAUGCCAAUUCAACUCCCUGUAGCAAAGCUGAUGCAAAAAUUGCGCAAUACACUUCAAUCGGACUUCGACUAAGUGGUAUUAAGCUACGUGGAGAUUGUCAUGAACCCUCAACAUCUGCGCAAGAAUCCAGUUCGGAUUCGACAUCAAAGGAUGGCUCUGGGGAAGAGCCUCAUGUGAAAACAGCCCUCUCCGAACUAUCCGAAGAGCUCAAUAAGCAAUCUCAACAACAAACGCAGCAACCACUGAUACCUCAAAGCAUCGGAGCUACUACUAAAGGACAGCCAAAAACUGAUGUUCAAACGAUGCAGUAUCACCAAAUGAAGAAGAUGCAGAUGCUGGCCAAUGCUAAGCAUUUCAACUACCAAAUACCUACACACAUGACAACCACUAUGAAAGAUGAGCCUAUAGAAGCCACUAACUCCUCUAAUGAUUCAGAUGAAGGGGGAGUUUCUAUAUAUAUAAAAACAACCCCGAAUUGCUUUGAGGUGGUGAAAGACUGGGUAGAACAAGUUGAAAUGGAACGACAAGAUACCAAGAAAAAGUCGUGUUUCCACCCUUUGCAAAAUGAAAACUCUGGUACAAUUCUUGAAUGGCCAUGGGUUCAAACCGAGCUACAUGGAGCUUUGCAACAGCUUGCUGUGGCGGAAACCCCUACCCUAGAAGUUGACUCUGGGCCGGACAGUGAAGAAGCAACUUCUUUCAUUUCAGAAAGCAUUCCAUCCCAAGUAACCUCAGAACAAUUAGCUUCAACCGGCUUUGGAAGCGUAACAAGUUUCGAGACUCCUUGUAAUACUCCACUCGCAGCAGAUGUCAAAGAAUCAACUUCACCUAUUUCAGAAUGCCUUCCUCAUCUUCGUGGAGGAGAUGCUUCAAACAGAAACAACUUUAAACAGUACUUCAAGCGGAUCACCGAGAGAAUUUCCUAUCACAACUUUCAGCAUGAUAUAGAUCUUGGUUAUGGUGGUUCUAACUUUGCUGCGGAACCAUUUCCUGAGUAUGAUCCAACAAUAGACUUGAGGAUUGAUACAAGACGCGGCAUUCGAGGUAAUGAUUCUGUUGAAUCUAUCGCCAAGCCCAAUCCUGAAAUUUUCACUGAAGGCAAUCAGCCUUAUAGCUCAAGCGUUGAAUCUAAAUCAAAAUGCCAUUACGACUUCACGAAAAAUCUCAACAGCAGCAGUGAUUCUACACAUUCGUACACUGGCCUUGAAGUGAAUGAUAUGCGACUUAGGGGAGGGAUCAUAAAUACGGCUGGGAGUCUUUCUAUUGAUAGUCCAUCAAAAUCGUCAAAGGCUACCCAUAAACGCGAUAAGUUACGUGUUAUGGUUACAAUUCCUCUGAGAUCUAUCAAAGAGAAGUUCUUUUGCGAGAGAUACAAGAAACAACCCCGGAAGAAAGAGGUUGAAGAUAGUGAUGAGUACGAAGGCAGCGAAAGAAUUAGCGAUGAAUCCAAGAGGCGAUUAGAAACUACGGAAGGCGAGGAAGAAAGGGAAUCUUCGGAAGACAAAUUUGAACAAUAUGAGCGGUACCCUGCACUUGCCGGAGCGAGCGAAGGUUCACACUUGAGCAAUGUAUACCAGUAUCCACGGCUGGAAAUCAACACCGAAGUCGAACUUGCGGCAAAUGUAAGAGGGUUGGAAACGGAUUCACCGGAGCAUCACUCCAGCAGUCGUGCCAAAGAACCGGAACCGACAGAUAUCCAUGAGUUGGGAUUUAAAGCUAAAAUUCAAAAGAAAGAGAACAGACUCGGUGUAAAGAAAAACUAUCGGCUGAUAACUAAUUUUAUUCUGGGAGCUUGUACAAAGUUUGCCAAGGGAAUAACUCAAAGGAGAAGGAAUUUGGCAAGAACUGCUCAAAGCAAGUUGAGGUUUGCGCGAUUGUUAAGAAACCGUUCAGAAAGUGAAGGGGCAAUAAUAGGACCUGAUCUACCAGCGACGGAAAAUGACAUGCCUGGCACAGAAGAUAGACUGCAAAGACAUCAUCGAGAUGACAGUGGUGUUUCGGGGAUGGGGGAUGGGCAAAAUCGAGAUAAAGAUGAAUCUGUAGAAAAUGAAACUCCUCGACAAGUUGUCAACCUUUCAGAACAGGGAGCUGAAACUGUUGAAACGGUUAGAGAGGUUGAUUCGGAUACUUCGGAGGAAAGAGAAAAUGCAGCACAGGUUGAAAAUGUUGAGCAUGUUGAAGAUACUGAGUCUCCGAAGCCUUCAGAGCCUGACCGGGCUUCAAGACAACGACCCGAAAGCCAACAAGAAGAAAAUGAGACGGAAAAUGAGACACAGCGGCGUUUUAGAAACGAGCUUUUAGAUAUCUUAUGGAAGUUUCUUUCUCUCAAGGAGGAAAUCUGGUUCAAGCGCAAUGCUAUCAUACAUGGCGCCCCUAGUUCUAAGCACAACUUCGAAACACAGCUUACCGACGAUGAGGUAGAUGACAUCCGCCAAUAUGUACAGAACAGUUGCGAAAUGGUAGAUCUGAGCAACGAACCGCGGGAUGCCGUUACCUUUCCCAACUUAGUUACACGCGCAAACAAUCACUUAUUAAGGGCACGUCGUGUGCGGGAAAUCUUUGACAAUUGGUAUACAAGAGAAGGCCAACAACACAGACAAGAUGGUUCUUCCUCUAACGCGCGCGAAGCAUCUUCAGACACUGGCAAGGCCGGUCCGGUUACGGCAAAGGGUGCGGGAGUCUUGGAUGAUUGGCCUUGUGCAGCAGCCCCAAGUGAGAAUUUCAGGCGUGAUAGAAAUGCUAGCGAGGCGGGUGCAGAUAUCUCAAGAAAUUCUUCUGAUACUCAAUUAUUUCGUAGACGGUCUUCACUAAUCUUAGCUCCGCUUCCGGAUCUGUUCCCAGCGGCUGACCCCGGUCAAGCAUUUCGGGGUGAAACACGUGGGGAAUCUUCGAGGAGCGGCGCUGGUGGAAAGGGGGGUAGUAUCUCUGAGAAGAUAGACGUGUUGAGGGUCAAAAACAACAUUGCUUCCAAAGGUUCUCAACACGAAUCCAGUAUCAGCACCACUGGUGGUAACGAAGCUACGCAAGGCGGCAUGCCCAACUGUCGAGAGCAAAACGAGGAUCAUGUAUACCAGGAGCCCAUUCCUGCAGAAAUGAUGCAGAGACUUGGAGAUUUGGGAGCGUCGCGUGUUGAAGCUGUUAAUCUUCUCAACGCUACUGCUGGGAAUGUUGAUCGUGCGGCUGAAGUGCUGCAAGAUGAAAAUCCUCUCGGACAGGAAGAUAUGAGGAAUAUGCUUGUGGAUCCGGAGAAUGAUCUGCAUCAGGUGGUGGUGGUAACGGGUGUUCCGCCCCGGAGAGCCUUUUUAGCUUUGCUUGUUAGUGAGAGUGAUGUUGGUGGGGCGAUUGAUCUUUUAACGGGUGAGGCGAUUGGUGCGACGAUGAAUGAUGAGACGCCAAUUGAUGAGGUUAUUAGCGAAGAGGAUAGUGGGAAUGGAUCGAGUGGUAAUGAGAUGAAGAAAGAUGGAGAAGGAGAGGAGCGUGAGAAGAGUAGUAGUGAGGAGUCGGAUGUGGAGGUUGCGGAAACAAGCGAGGGAUGCGAGCCUCUUGCUAGCGAGACAGAAGAUAAUGAGGGGGGAGUUGAGUCUAGGGAGGGCAAUAGUGCAGGAACGAAUGUUGAUGCUGCUGAAUCGGAUGAGGAAUACCAGCCCCUUAUUGGCAAGACGGAUAACAAUGAUGAGGAUAAUGUACAUGGAGAACAUAACAUGGAUAAUGAUGGUCAUGCUGACACAGAUGACAAUGAUAAUAACGGGGCAGGCGAGGCUUCCACUAUUGAGCUGGAGACGGUAUUUACUUCUCGUAAAGGAAAAGAAAGAGCAGAGGGGUACGAUCUCUAA